UUUGGUCGACAAAAGGGUCGCUUCCUUCGCCUGCAGUUGCUUGGAAACCGCCGUGUUCACCUGAUCUUCCUGCACUGCGUACGGAAUCAUCCGGGAUGGCUACAUUCCGGCUGGAACACUUUCCAAAUGUGUGUCGCAUAUGCUUGCAGCACCAGCCGGAGAAUGUACUUAUCUCAGUGGAAUCGUUGCAUUACAACCAUGUGAAAAUGAUCGAUGUGAUAGACGAGCUGAUGGGUCCCGUUUUACCGGAGCUGCAUCACCAUACUCCUUCCGGUAUUUGUGAAUCAUGCUCCACAGAACUGAUCGCUUUUCUAAACUACCGAAAUCGGCUAAAACUCGUAGGGAAGUUUGUACAUGCCCUGGUUCAUUUGAGAAACGAUCACACAGUACCGCUGGAAAAUGUCUUUCGAGAUCAUCAGACGGAAUUGUUGAGUGUAUUGCACGAGCUAAACAUUACCGAUAAACUUGAGCUAGUCGUUCAAGAUUUGAUAGAUGCAUUCAAGGUGGCGCAGGACUCAAUGCAUGAUGCUGAACGAACUGAACAGAGCUCCACACCAUUCCAACAAACAACGAGCGACGAUGAGAGUGCAAGUCCAACACCCGAAGAGUUUGAAAUGUUUGAGUUGGAUGAAGAAAUGCUCCCCGAAGGAAUGAACGAUCGCAAUGAAGAUGAUAUUGCUGAAGAAUCUGUCGACGUGUUGGAGGCAAUAAGCGUAGCAAAAUCGGCUGAAAAUAAGUCUACCAGAACCCUACGAAGUAGGCGACAGAAAGGAGAAAUGCAUCAGUGUCAACAUUGUCCAUUUACAACACAUCUGCUGAAAGCGUUUAAGCAGCACACAAAGAAGCAUGAAAGCAAAGAACCCACCCAACACACCUGCAAGCGUUGCAACGAAACGUUCACCACAAAGCGCGACUUGCUGCAGCACAAACGGUCCACCCACCGGGAUCACAUGUGCGAUACGUGCGGGUUAGCGUUCGACACCAAGUUUGCGCUGGAAACACACCGCAAACGGCACGAACCAGUACGCCCGUACAAGUGCGAAUACUGCCCGCUGGAGUACUAUACCAAGGCGGAACAGCUGCUGCACGUUCGCCGGCUGCAUCUGAAAGCGUUCGAGGUAAGCUGCGCCGAGUGUGCGCUAACGUUCCGCACGAAGCAAAUGCUUGCGCAGCAUAUGAAAACGCACACGAACCAACGGACGCACACGUGCACAGUUUGUGGGUUUAGCUUUAAAUCACAUACGCACCUGAACCGGCACACGAAGGAACUGCACCGGGGGGUGGUGUAUGAGUGUGAUCAUUGCAGUGCGUCGUACCGGCGCAAGGAUAAGCUCCGAAUGCACGUGGAAAAAAUGCAUAAUAUUCAAACGUACUUUGUCUGUAAUAUUUGCCUCCAUUCGUACGAUACGGAUGAAAAGCUGCAAGAGCACAAAGCGCACCAUCAAAAUCCGAAAGAUUUACAGUGUGGAGUGUGUCUGGGGGCGUACAAGACGAGGGAGGAAUUCGACGACCAUCUAUGUAUCACGUAUCGUGAAAACUACGUAUGCUGCGAGCGCGAUUUUAGGUAUCACUUUUUCUACAACAAACACAUGUUCCUGGCGCACGGACAGCAGACGAACGUGCGCGUCAAACCCGCGGAUGGCAUGCUGCUGGGACAGUAUCGUGCAAAGCGGAAACAAGCAGAACGCUGUCCAAAAUGUGAGCAAGAGUUCCCAACCCGACAGCAGAAGAAAAAACACAUGCAAAGCUGUGGUGCGCUGGAGUACGAGGUCGUUGAGGUUUUUGUCCCCGAGGACAAUGGGAGUGUUACCAUCGGUGGGGAAUAGAAUGAUGAAAUCGACCGUGAUCAUCAUACUUUACAGAAAGACAUGCAAUUUGGGGUAUUUUUUUCA